CAAAGAUUAACUAGUUUCGUAUGAGACGAUCAAUUUGCUUACGAAAAGAAGCAAAAGCUAUGUUGUAAGGCCGUAAUGUAUGUCUAAAUGCCCUUUCUUUCUGCUACUUUACUGAAAACAUGAUCUAUAAGUGUUUUUCCACGUAGGACCAUCAUAUAGGAAAGAAGACAGAGUAAAGCGAUAAAAACAAUCCGUCGGUUAACAGGACGAAGAAAGCAUAAGCUAAUUUUAGAACGUGGUUCCGGCCAAUCGUUUUUCAAUAUAUGAAAUUCUGAAAAAAUGAAACAUUUUAUUACAAAAAAAUUGUAGUAAAAUUCUGCGUUCAUCUACCACCAAGUAAUCCACCACGCGGAUCAAUAAUAUACAUGAAAGCUAUGGGCAACAAUUGCAUCAUGGAAUACCAAUCAAACGAAACUACUUCGCUCUUGCCCAAAGCUUCUCGUUUGUCUGCAUAUGCGGAUCCUUAAUUUUAUUUAUAAAUCUAACCUACAGAAGUUUCAGCGGCAAGUACAAAUUUAAACAUAGGACGCUGCACUAUGCAUUUCACAACGAUUCUAUUCGCUUCUGGAGCGUUAAAUCGAAACUGAACGCAUUGCGUGUACUAAUUAUUAUCGGAUCAGUGAAACAGUGGCUAUAGAUGUAUUUUUUUAAAGCGUAAAUGAAAUCUAGUUGACUCUUAAGCGGUGCGUAUGUACUAUUGCCGGGGUAUACAUACUUUAGCUUGUCUCUCUUCCGCCCCAAACCUUUCGCUCCUUAAGCUUUCGCCGUAGACACAUGAUUUUUGACCAACGGCUUGCUUUCAGGAAUGGCCUGCUUGCUACCAUGGUUAUAGAUGUGUGCGAUAUUCUUUCAAAAUUAGUAUUUUAGUGACGAUUUUAGCGGCGCUAGUCAUUGAUUCAUAAGCAUUUGUUGAUACUUAUGUUCGCGGCCACAAAGCUGUGUAUCGGUCAUAACAUCGUCGGCUCUCCUCUGCGAGGGAAGCAAACAAAUAUGGCGCCACUCAGUGCUUUUUGCUGACCUUCUGCCUUCCGAACUGCCGGGUCCGGUUGAAGUGUCUCUGGAGUCAGUAUUGGUGCACUCUACCUGUAUAAUCCGUCUGGACGGUCGAGAAAGACGUUCUAGGUGGACUGAUUUAGUAAUAGUGAGCGUGCUAAAGGGCGCCCAAUACUACAAGCAUGGGCACAGGGUAUUCAAAGGUUACUCCAGCCAACCCCGUGGAGGGCAUGGUCAGUAGUGACGUAUCAGGUGUUUCCGCGCGAGUUAAUCGGGUUCACAUUGAUGGAGUGGCUCGAACUAAAAAUGACGUUCUUGCUAAAGCUGUUCAAGAUCUCAUGGAUUGCACCGAUUUUCAACAGGUGCUCCUACGAUGCUCCGAUGUUCUACGGCAACUAGAGAUGCUCGAUGCAUUCAAAAAGAUUGCUGUCAAUAUAGACACGUCAAAAGGCCCUGAUGCCGCUCCGAAUGAGUACGACGUCACGUUUAAGGUGCAAGAACGAAAGCGAGUCGUUGGCGGUGUCACCACUUUGGUAGACCACAAUGAGGGCUCAAUGGUUGUUGGUGUCAAGCUACCAAAUCUUGCCGGACGCGGAGAAAUUCUCCAGGCAGAAUAUCAAUAUGGGACAAAACAUUUAAGCAGUUUCAAUUUAACCGCCAGUAAACCCUUUCUUGGACGGCACAACCCCCGUAUUACGGCAACUGUUUACCAACAGGCUGCUGAUUUCCCUUGGAAUACGUUUAGGGCGUGCAAUCGCGGCCUUCUUGCAGGAUUUGAUUUUGAAUCUUUGCAAGGCUUCCAUCACACUUUCCGGUGGGAGGGCGUAUGGCGAGAACUUAAUCCACUCGGUAUUACAGUUCCGUUUCCAGUGCGAGAGCAGAUGGGUCAUUCACUGAAGUCUGCACUUAAACAUACCGUUACAGUCGAUACAAGGGAUAACACUAUCUUGCCGACAUGUGGUUACUUUGUUCGGUUGAGUCAAGAGUUUGCUGGAGGUAGCUUAGGUGGGAAUAUUAACUUUAUGAAACACGAAUUCGAGCACCAGGCUAACUAUUCGUUGUUCAAUGACCUCGUCUUUCAAGUAGCGUCAAAUGCAGGCUAUAUGACCACUGAUGGAAGUCACAAUAUCUGCGACAAAUUCUUUCUUGGGGGCCCACUUGACCUUCGUGGUUUUCAAUUUAGGGGUGUAGGUCCUCAUGCAGAAGGUUCGAGUCUAGGUGGCACGACCUACUGGUCAGCUGGGGCUCAUCUGUAUACGCCACUACCAUUUAGACGUGGACACGGAUUCAUUGGAGAGUACCUUCGCUUGCAUGGAUUUAUUACAGGUGGUGCUCUUUGUGAAGAAUGGAACACCGAACGCCUGAAGGACCUCAGGGUGUCGACAGGUUUAGGAUUAAUCCUAUCAAUGGGACACAUGACUCGGAUCGAACUUAACUAUGUUGUGCCUCUAAAAUAUCAGCCACAAGACCGAAUCAAUGGGGGCCUUCAAAUUGGCAUCGGCAUGAUGUUCUUGUAAUAUGGAAUCGUUAGGGUGUUGUAGCCAGGUAAAUAGCUGUAUAGGAUAAACAAUGUAGGAGGUUUGGGUUAACGAGUUUAGCAAGUUGUAAAAGGUAUGAAUGCAUCAAAAAAUUGCAGAUUCGUCGGCUUUAUGAACUCGUCUGAAAUGAGUUUCACCAAAAAAUCAUCAGUUAAAAUAUUUCUACUAGCAAAGAUAUUUUUCUUUUUCUUGUUUAUCGUGAAAUUUAGAAAAAUUAAAUGGGUAGCCAGCUUUUCAAAACCCUAUAAAUUAAUUUGUUCAAAGCUUACAUCGAAUCGAGGUUUUUUAAUUUACGUAUAGCUGGCAGUCUUGGGCACUCAAACAAGUAGUGAUUUCGCCGAUAGAUUAACUUUAGGUUGCAACGUUAUAAAUGCUGCUGUGACUAUAAAUUGCUUCGGAGGGCCAUAUAAACCAUUUUGUUUACGAUGUCUAGCCAAAGUUGGAUCUUCCGGGGCUUAGAUUGGAGAGCUUAAUAACCGCCAACUCUAAAACUUGACAGAAGAUGUGAGAAGAAGCUGUAAUCCGCAGCGGUGUAUUUUUAUUAUCCGUGAGUCACAUAAUAUAAAAAUCUUACGUCGUGAUGUCUUUGCAUGGGUAGAGAAAAUGAUUCGAGAAGUCAAUUGUUUCGAAGGGAACUACCAUUGUUCUAUCGCGGAAAAAAUGAGCACUGGAUCUAAUGCGGGUAGUGUUGUAACUGAACGAACUUAACACGCUCAUAAUGCUGAAGUAUAAACAUCAUAAUAUUUUAAGAAAAAUAAAAACGCCUACUCCAUCUAUAGACAAUUAUGAUCUAUAUGGUGAGCGCCUUGAAAUAAUCGAAACAGUCAUUUACUCUAUAUUUAUGUGUAUGCUAAAUUAUUUGGUUUAGGAUAAAUAAAUUCGUCUUCGUUGGACAUCUGUAGUAAUGAGAAAAGUGAAGGUAAUAGUUUUGUGCUCUGGAGUUUGCCCUGAGUGAAACUUGAACAGUAAAUACUACUUGACUACAUCAAACGACGAUAAUAUAACUGUCUUGGGCUAUGUGAGUAACCCAGAUUGAUAUUUUUUGUUAAUAAUUACAAGGCUAAAAAACGAAAAAUGGGAAGUCCCAUUUCUUUAUCUAACGGGAAAAUAAGAAUUUGUCUUGCGCCAGAUUGUCUGUUCCUAGUGCUAUAUGCACGGAAAAUUCCAACUCAAGUUAUAUUAAGAGUUAUAAUUAGUGGCUACUGUUUCGAUUUGCAUAUGCUCUGAAGGUCUAUUAUAAAAAGAGGGAUAUAAUUACUGCUAUUACGAAAUUGCAAUAAAAGUGAGGAUGAACGGAAUGCGAGAAAAGUAUGCACACGGGGUGAAUGUAGAUGCGAAAUUUUCUGAUUUAGUUUUCUUACGGGCGACUUAGUGCUAAUGUGUUAUGAAAUAGAAUGGGAGGUGGUAGAACAGAGAAUGAGAGCAACAAAAAGUUCUAAGGUAAGAAAGAGAAAUAAAGUUGUAUAUUUCUUUACUUUCUCAAGGGUUGCCGCCAUUAAUAGGUGCAAUGAAUUAAAAAAAAACCUGUAAAAAUGCCAAAACGAAAUAAGAAGCAGGCGCAACAAGAAUGUAAGAGCGAUGGAGGUGCUUAAUAAAUAUUUCUUUCAAUGAUUUAGGGUGGUACUUAUUUUAGUAGUUUUUAAGCUUCCAUUGAACCUAAGUAAAUGUCUGAAAUUUUAUGUAAAAUGGCCAAGUUCUAGCGAGAAACUAAAUGUAUCUUAGCCCAGUAUCGAAUACCACCUAACGUGCUACUAAAUUUA